CCGUUUCAAAGUGCUGUAUGAAAUUAGACUGGAUUGUGACCAAAUAAAUACCACGACUUGAUUUUUUAAACACGUUAUGAUCCGUAUAACAUGCGCUAUUCACCUUUAUUUUCGUCUAAAUUCCUUAUGUUUCUCACUAUGAGCAAAAAAUGCAAAACUACUUAAUGCAACAUUUAAUUAAAUAGUAAAUGUAACAGUCGUUAAAGGCGCCAAUAACAGCCUUGAGUGACGCGGCGGCGGCGGCGGCGACACACAAGUUGCGCUAAAAUGGCAAUAGCUACUUGCACAAGCUAAUUCCCCAACAAAUGUUGUUAUUGUUGUUGCGCAAAUAAGGUGUUACUUUGGUCACGGCUGCUGUGUCAACAGAUGACGUUUGGCUUGCACUUGGCCAGUUGGCAGGCAUAAAUUAAUGAAAAUCCACUGAGGUGAGUGUGCCAAUGUGUGUUGCUGGCAACAUGUUGCUGAUGUAUGAAUACACAUACAUGCUGCCACGAUUAAGCGCUGUUUGCAUUAAAAUGAUUUAUGCCAACGAAUUGACAUGGACACGGCCGGCACAGAGGCGUACUAAGGCGGAUCGGAUACAUACGGACAUAUAGUACGUACAUACAUACAUAUGUGUGUAUGUUGCAAGUGCGCUUAUUAGCAAAAUUACUGAACUAUAUGUAAAUAUGCUCUUAAGCGACAAAGUAUGCGAGCGUGGUAUUGCCAGCGUUAACAAUUGCAAGUUGGGUUUCAUCACUCAAAAAACGAUAAAACGAACCAAAUUCAGGAAACCUCAGCUGGACACCAAUAUAACACCAAUCUAAAGCAGCAAAAUGAAAUGUCAAUUGUACCGAUGAACCAAAAUGCACGCACCUCGAUAUCAAUCGGGACGCCCAAACAUACAUAAAAAAUUUCUUAUCUCACUUUCUUUUCAAUUUGUGCGCCAGGGAAUCACAACUGGUAAGCUUGUCCACCAGCCAGCCAUAAAAUAAUCAAAUAUAAACAGUGUGGGUGCUAUUUUCAAAAUCAGUAUUGCAUUGAUUUUUAUGGUCGCCGGUUGUGCCAUAGACCGCUGAUAAAAAAAACCAAUGAGAAUUUAGAAAAUUAAGAGAAAGAACGAGUGAAAGUGCGAAUAAAGUGAAGUGGCUAUCAAACAAAAAUCGACAAUAAUUUAAUUACUUCUAACAAAACAAAAGCAAAGUACAUAAGUGUCACUUUUUGAUUAGUGUUUAGAAAUACGAUUACUUAAAACGAACAAACAUGCGAAGAAACGAGUUCGAAAACAGCACUUACAAUGCACAAAACACGCCUCCCACGGCGGUUUAUGUGCAGAAUUCAACUUCCGACGCCUCAGUCAAUCCAUACGAGCGCACAGAGGUGGAAGAUUUGAACAGCGAUCAGACUAUUGUCACCGAUUCAGAUACUGUUAGCAAUACACAACAGCAAUUAAAUCCACUGCGACGCAUUUUCAUACUGGAACCGCCCAUAUUUCUUCUGAAUUUCGCCACUUCAUUAGCAUCGGUGGUAUUUACCAAUCAAUUACUUUAUCAGUCCUGCAAAGUUACUUUUGGAUACACAGAAGCCGAAUGCGAGCCGAUGUUGGGUAUUUCGAAUGCAACAAUAAAUCAUAACAUCGAAACUAAAGUGCAGCCUUAUGUCUCACGCAUUAUAUUAGCCAAUUCAUUGGUUUCCAGUAUUAUACCCGCAGUACUAGCGCUCUUUAUUGGCGCGUGGUCUGAUCGUUUUGGGCGCCGGCCGGUGCUUCUGAUUUCACUCGUUGGUAUUUUCCUGGGUUAUAUUGUCAGCUUUAUCUUGGCCAUGGUCUCCGUGGGAUCUCCCACUAAUCCUUGGCUGUAUGUUAUUGCACAAAUCCCCCCGGCAGUGACUGGCUCUUCCUGUGCUGUUAUGAUCGUCUGCUACUGUUAUAUYGCCGAUGUGGCGCCACCACAAUUGAAGGGUCUAAAAAUGGUCUUGAAUGAUGCUGCCAUCGGUGCUGGUUCCGUCAUCGGCACACUGGCGGGCAGUGCACUCUUCGCACACACCAGCAUGCAAGUCGUAUUUGUCAUUUCGGCAGCAGCAAUACUAUUAGCCUUCGUAUAUAUCUACCUURUGAACGAGGAGAGUAUGAAGGUGGCGCACACAACGCUGGGUUAUAAACUGUGCCAAUUCUUCAGCGUUAGUCAUGUGAUUGAUCUGGUGCGCACCUGCGUUGCCAGACGUGCCAAUUACAUGCGCACUUUCAUCUGGUUCUCCAUGAUCGCAUUGAUCAUAACCAAUUUCACAACGUCUGGUGAGGGCAACGUAUUCUACUUGUUCUUGCGCGCCAAAUUCAAUGUGACUGUCAGCCAGUACAGUGACUACAAUUCGAUUAGCGAUGCCAUACAAAUUAUUGGUGGCAUUAUUGCUGUUAUUGCGUUCAGAAAGUAUUUGCGCCUGUCUAUCGUCAGCAUGGCCAUGCUCUCUCUCCUCUCCGCGGUUGGUGAGAGUACGGUGCGUGCCGCCGCGCAACAAUUCUGGGAAAUGUACCUCGCCACGGCACUGGGCUUCAUGUCGGGUAUUAUUGGACCUAUGCUGCUGACAAUACUCGCCUUCGUCACGCCCACAAACGAAACUGGCAAGGUGUUCUCCGUCACUACUGCGCUGCAGACAAUCACACCGCUCGGCGCAUCGCCGCUCUAUACUAGUGUUUACGAUGCUACACUCUCCUCCUAUCCGGGCAUGUUCAAUAUUAUCAGCGCGUUGUUGUAUUUGCUGAGUUUUGUGCUUAUUACCGUGAUAUUAAUAGUAUCGAAACGAAACAAGAUUACCGUUAGUCCUCCAAUUCCAUCCAGAGUAUAAUAAUAUAUAUAGUACAUAAAGACCGUGAAGAGUCGAUUCCUCGCCGUUCGCAGCAACUAGGAGUGAUGUGUGGAACGGCUUGGCGCAUUUUACGACGAGAUCUUAAAUUAAAAAAGUACAAAAUACAACUUGUGCGAAAACUGAAGUCGAAAUGCUCGAAGRGUUCAUCGAAAAUUGAACUCAACGGAUGCUCCAUCUGAAACGUAGCCGUGGACAAGAUUUUUGAAUUUGUCGUGUAUUUAAAAAAUAUACUAAACUUAUUAUGUUGCCCGGAUAUGAUAUUAAAAAAUUAGUUAUAAUAUUUAGGUUUAAAAUAUCUUAWAUAUCUCACAAACUUUUACAAUGAUAAGCACUUAAGGAGUUAAGUACUAUUUCUUUUAUAUUUGUAAGAAUUUAGAAGUAAAUAAAUUAUAAUGAAGAAGAAAAUCAACUUAUUUUAAGAGUAGUCAAUGAUCAGAAAUGUAUCUUUUCAACUUUCUAAGAGCCACAACUCUCAAAAGCUUGGAAAGUAUUAAAGUUGGAAUAAAAAAUGGCACAAUAAGUAAAAAUUAAAUAU